CUUUAGUUGUCUCAUUCCAUUGACAUUAAUCCUUGAAGUACCGUGUGCUCCCCCCUACUGUUGAGCACUGGCGGAAACCAGUUUGCAGCGAUGCGAGAUGCGAGACCAGUUUUGGAGUACGGUAGCUUUUGGAGUCCAGUUCUUACACCAUCCAUUGCACUGUCUACCUGCACGGUGGCUUGUCCAGGGAAACAUCGGUUCUGGUUUCUAGCUAGUCUAGCUAGCUAGCUAGCGUCAUAAUACUCACAAUGAUACAAGAAGCAGAAGAGGACACGAUGAUGCCGCAAGGACGACGCAAGAGGUCUCGAAGUGAAAUGACAGGGGAUAGCUUAGGUGGUGGAGAAGGGGUGCUGUUCACCAUGUACAGGGAACGUUGGGGCAGGGAUCUGCAUCAACGAGAAGCCUACACAACAUACAACCACCAGAGCCAUUCCAUGCCAAGACGACAAGCUACAGCACACAACUGUAUGAUUGAUGAUGAGUGCUCUCCUCGUCAGUCUCCAUGGAGAACGACCAACUCAUCCUAUAGCAGUGCCAGACACUGUGGAAAAAGACGGAACUACCUUCUCUUGUUGCCAGUCUGGAUAGUGUUGUGGUUCUCGCUCCUCAUGGGCGAGAGCCAUGCCAGUGUGGCGUGCAACACCACCGAGCAGUGUGUUGCCAUCUUGCAACAACCGGGCAGUAGUACUGAUUGCGUCGAUGGCUAUUGUACCAAUCCGUUUCAAGAGGGAUGUCUGCGACACUAUCUAGGCACAGACCGAUUUCCUUCCAAACGGACCUGCAAUUCCGAAGAUAUGAUCUUUUCGGAGGAAACACAAGAAUGGGUGUACGAUGACACCCAUUGUCAGAUAUCGCCCUUUGGUUAUUCGGAAAUUCGAAUCCUCAGUCAAAAUUGGGAAUCGGCCAUGUUCACAUCGUGGAUUCUACAAAUUGUCUUGAGUGAAUUGGCACAAGUGCCGGCCACGAUCGAAUCGAGUGGCCCCAAUCGACAAUUGAAUUUUUACGAUCCUGCCAUGAGUUUCAGUUAUGGAGCUUUGGGAUAUGAUUUUGAUGCCCUCCAACGGGCCAAUACCGUCUUGCUAGGUGCCACUUGUCCGCGGCAAUGGCGGCAGACGGACAAUGCCACACUCUACCAGAGUUGCGCCCAUGUCAUUACCGAAGUCUGGAGUGGGCAUGCCCCGACUGUGGCCGAAUUGACUGCUGCGAGUGUUUUGGAACCUCCGGAAGGCACGGGCGCGGUCGGCAAACUCAGUUGGUUCCUGCCCAAAUUCGUGGCAAAGCGCGAUCCCAGUCUCACUCAUUGGUUGGGCAUUGCCGGAGACUUUCAUCGCCGGAAAGUCGCAUCUACCUUUUAUACCCCCACCACGUUUGGACACUACUGUCGCGAGAUUGUUCCCCACAAUUGUACCAUUGAAACGUUAUUUGCCAGUCGACCACCACUCGAUGAAGCAGAAGCCGACAAAUAUUUUGUACCGGGAGGUAUUUAUCAAGGUUACUUUCGAUAUACCGAAGAAAACGAUUGCGACUUGCAUCCGACGACGUGUCACGGACACAUUGCCGAUGUCCCGUGCGAAUGGACUACCUUUGUCACACCGCAAGCGUAUCAUUUAGAUAUUGCCGUGGCGUCGAAAGGUUCGCUCGAACCCAAUCAUGCCUAUUCCUAUGGACAAUUGCUCGAUAUUUGGGCCGCGGCCAAUGCCACCCAAUCGGCACUGCUCUUUUAUUGGUGGUAUCCCGAUCCUACUUAUCAACGUUAUUUGGGGACGGAUGCGGAAAUGCAAGCGGUCCAAUUGCCACCGCCGCAACAGGAAUGUGUCACGCAUCGAGUGACACCGGCCCAACGGUGUUCUGCCAACAGUACCGAACGACGAGCCGAUGCUGUCGGGGCGUGUGAUCCGGAAGCCCAUUCCUUGUGGAAAUUGAUCAUUGCCAAUCUGUAUCCGUAUCUGCAAGGGCGAAUGCCACAACUCGACAAUAACAAUCAGAAUGAAUCGUCCAGUGAUGACACAAUGACAACAAUGACUAUAAAUGUUGGUGAUCCCAACAUUGCCAAAUACGGACGAGCAUUUCAAAGUCCCGCCUACGGGGUUCUCCAGGCACUCUCCAUUACCGAAUUGCAAUUGGGAGAUAUGCUAGAGGCGUGGGAAUUAAAGGGAGUCGACCAGUGGAAUUACGAUCCUCGCGAGGCCGUCUGCGAAUGGAUGGCCGCCAAUGUCGACACGUUCCAAACAUGGAUCCCACGAACGUAUCCUCGCGUCUUGCAACAAGAACGAUACAAUCAGGAUACACCCGUGCUGCAUGGGAUUGCCGUCGGAUUGGCCAGUACCGUGAUUUUGGGGGUCGUGGCCGUGUCGUGUGCCGUCUAUUAUUGGCGCAAUCGACCCGUCCUCAUGUUUGCUCAAGUCGGAUUCUUGACGUUUGUCUUGUUGGGAUUGUUAUUGGUCAGUCUCGCCGCAUUGUUCAAGGCCGUUGAACCACGGGAUGGAGUGUGCGUGGCACAACAGUGGCUGCUCUUGUUGGGCUUUACGCUGGAAUUGGUACCGUUAAUUGUCAAAGUCGGAGCCAUUCAUCGCAUGAUGCAAGCCGCCAAGAGAAUGAAACGCAUCACGCUGCAAGUACGACAAUUGUACGGGACGGUGCUCUUGUGUUGUGUGGCAGCGGUAUUGCUCUUGUCCAUUUGGACAGCCGUGGAUCCAUCCCAACGGACCAAAGAUAUCACGCUGCAUCCCGAUCGAAUCACCGAGCAUGGGGAAACCAUUGUCACGGUCACGCAUUUUUGUGCUUCGGAAAAUACCGUUUGGCGAUAUACCAGCAUGAUUUGGCAGUUGAUACUGUUGCUGUGUGCCACCAUUCUUGCCAUUCAAACACGCAAUAUACGACAAGAUUUGAACGAAUCUCAUACGCUGGGAGUCAUGAUUUACUCGCAGUUUGUCUUUGUGGUGCUUCGAUCCAUUACCUUUGUGCUAGAGACGGUGAGCGUGGAUGGGGCCGCCUCCAUCUCACGCAGUACUCUGGAAGCACUACGAAGUUUGAUUCUCAGCCUCGAUGUCUUUGUGGCACUCAAUAUUUACUUCACGCCCAAGUUGUGGAUGCUCUACCAUCACGAUGACGACUAUUUCAAAACCAUGUUGGCCGUGCAGCGAAGGGCGUCAUCGGUGGUAGAUUCGGUUUCCAGGUAUUCAAUGAUCAAUACCGGUACCACCGGAAGCGGUCUCAACCUUAACGGUUCCGUUUCGGUAUGUGAUCCUGUUAUGGAAUUAGAUUUGUCCGUGGCAUCGGGCAGCAAGACUACAACGACAGCCAGGCGACGGCGGUCUUCGAAAAUGUCAUCGUUGGGGUUGACGGGAUCAUCUCUCUCAAAUAUCAGCAAGGAUAUGGACAAUUCUUUUCGAACAGCAAAUGCCAGUGCAAUCGUGGACAUUAAAGACAUUAUUAUUCCAGAAGGGCAGGAGGAUAUGGACAAAACCGAAAAGGUUGCCAACUCGAGCACCAGAAACCUAAAUUACAAGGUGAAUGGUUCCAGCGAUAUCUGCGCAGAAAUGAUCGAUGACGAAGAAACGCCCCGGGGGGCACAUCCACGAAGCGGCAGUGGUAAGACGGACAGUACAAAGUCGACAGCGUCCGAAACGAUUGACGAUGCAUCCGAUGCAGAGCGAAAACUAGCAAGAAAGUCGCACAAGGAGUUGCUCGAAGAAGGCCUUCGGAACUUCCGAAACUCGUAUGUAUCACGGGCAACUCUGCUUGAACAGGCCGCGGCAGUUGCUACCGAUACGGAACCACCAAUGGCAAUAGCAGCGUCUGCGACCAUCAUAGAUCACGAGGAAGAGCCAUCCGACUCAGAAGAUGACGAGGAAGGACAAGGGAGAAACGGUGUACUAGAUGUACUAGAUGAAAAGUCUGGCCAGGCUGGGGAAGAAAGAGGCGAUACCAAGGACGAAAGGGAGUCUUUGGUGAGGGAAAAUCAACACAAUCAGGCAGAAAAGCGAAAAGCCCGCAGCUUCUCCGGGAACGAAAAGCAAAAAGCAUCACCGACAGAGACACGCCGAAACUCGGAUGGGAAAGACCUGCGCAACACGAAUGUCAGAAAGAGUUGGCAAGAUUACCUUCAGGGCAUUCAAAAGAGCACCAGAAACGUUGUUGCUGCGAUAGGCAACGACGAGACGGCGGAACAACGGACGAAUUGGACAAAAUACGUCAACGAGCAAGGGGUCGGCGACGAAGGCUUUGAGUUGGAUGGCGAAGAGACAAGUGAGAUUGACGACAUCUUCUUCGAAGAGCUCUGUGACAACGACGAGGAUCUGACAGACAUGCACUAUUUCUCUUAGUAGAGCUGUCAAAGUCUUGUUUGCUGGUUGUUCUCUCUCCUUUGCAAGCGGGGAGGGUUGAGAGCGAGGGUGAAACGCAUCCUCGCACCAGGCAACGAAGGAAGGAUUCGAUUCGAUGAUUCAGUCAAGACUUUCCACGCUCAACACAGCCGUGACACCGGCGGUGAGAGGAGCAAAAACGGGGUUCCAUCGGGGUGACGAAUCCCCCAGAACCAAUAGCUUAUGUUGCACCGGUGUUCUUGCACCGUUUUACAAGCAAGGUGUGUUUUGCUGUACGCUGACCCACGGGGCUUCUUGGCAGUUCGGCUCAACGGGUAGAAUGAUGGGAGAUCGUUGAUCCCGUUGCACCCACUCAGGAUUCGGCCGGCUCAACCGCCCGGCAAUCGUGAAGGACAGUUCACGCCCGCAACCAUUCACUUGCCCUUUCUCAUGGACUGGACAAUACUACGGUAGCUGCCGGUACCCAUGAGUCAGACGAGAAGUUGAAUCGAAUCUUGGAGAGUAUCGCCCUAACCUCUGCCUGUGGAUAACAGUUAACUGACCAUCAAUAGAGCCGCUCUAGGACUGACAAUUUUGAAAUCUCGUAGCAUGUUCUUGUGGUAGCAUUGUAUGCAGCAAAUCUAUCCACAGCACGAUAAGAUGCAAGAUUUCUUGAUUAGCAAGCGAGGGCUUUGAUCCUGAGAUGAUGGUAUCGUACUAGUACUACAUGUAGUACCCGCACGAGCUUCCGUGUUUCAAGUCCUUGUGAUGUCGCCUGUCGCAUCGUACCGUCCUGUAAACUGUACCUACUUGUAGCUCCAGACGUGGUUAGACGUCUUUAAUUCUUAAAAUAACGAAGCAACAUAAACAAAUAAUGGAAACAG